AUGUUCUCCAGUACCGUGGCUCGUCCCCUGCAGCUGGCUGCUCGGUUCAUGCAGUGGGCCAGUGCGGUGAUAGUCAUGGGUAUCACCUCCUACUUCAUCCACAAGGGUCCUCGCGGCCAGCAUAUCAUCUACCAGGAAGUCAUUGCCGUCAUUUCCGUCGUCUUCUUCCUGCCCGCCUUCGUCUCGCCGUUCAUGCCCCAGGCCCUGAGCAAGUUCGUCCUCGGGAUUGACCUCGUCUUCUCAUACCUCUGGCUCACAUCCUUCAUCUUCGCCGCCCAAGACUACAACUGGCACAACUGCUUCUUCGACUCGCCCGCGGGCAUCUCCUGCUCCAAGAAGAAGGCGAACGAGGCGUUUAUCUUUUUGGCGUUCAUCUUCACCUUCUUCUCCAUCUUCCUCGAAGUCGCCGCCCUGUGGGCCUCCCGGCGCGAGAACGCCCCCGUCCGCGAGAAGAGCACCGGCGGCGCCCACGGCGGCCCGGCUGAUGCGCCUGUCGCGACGGCAUAGAUAGCUUGUCCGGGGGAUGAUGGUUAUGCUGAUUUGUAGCUGCGUUGUAUCUGCAGUUACACACCCGCAUGAUCAUCGUCCAUCGGAGAAGACAUGCCCAUCCAUGAUACCACGUUUGAAUUGAAUUGAAUCGAAUCGAAUCGACUAACCCCUGACUGACGACGUUAAUACUGAUAUCCCCUAUUUAUUUACUAAUAUUCUGUUACGCACAUAUGUGGUUGGUUGGGGAGUGAGUGAGUGCACAGUGGUGGGGGGGAGUGUGGAGUGUGCAUAGAUGGGUGGAUGGUGGAUGGGGGGGUGUAUGUGUGAGGGACUUUUUAUGAGUACUAUCUUAUUAAUGACUACCUACCUAUCUUAUAGUACUUUGGCUUUGAAUAUUCU